AUGCUCACCAAGCUCUAUGAAGAUAUGAUCCAUCGACCUCUAGCCGGAAAAUCGAUACUUGAUAACUUCCCAGUUGACCAUGCGGAUGUAAUCUUCAAGACAAGAAGUAUUCCUGCGCAAAGACAGAAUGUACGAGGUGGAAGCAGUGAUAGGGCGCGGGCAGUUCAGCGUGGUCUGCAGGGCGCGGGGCCCGGAAGGGAAGCGGGUGGCGCUGAAGAAGAUCCACCUGCCGAGCAUGUUUUCUACAGCAGCAUCCCUCAUUUCCUGGGCACUGGUUGUAACUUUCGAUCGACGUUGGUCAGCCCUGUGAAGCAAAUCCCUAACAUGCUCGAUAGGGUUCAUGUUGGAAGAAAACGGUGGCCAUAUUCCCAACUGGACCACCCCAACAUCAUUCGUUACAUUUCCUCCUUCGUAGAGGGAGAAGAACUGAACAUAGUGUUAGAGCUUGCGGAUGCCGGAGACCUGGGUAGGAUGAUUCGACACUUCAGAAGGCAACGGAGGCUCAUUCCCGAACCGACGAUAUGGAAGUACUUCGUCCAGGUGGCUAGCGGCAUUCAUCACAUGCACCUAAAGAGGAUCAUGCACAGAGAUAUUAAACCUGCCAACGUGUUCGUCAGCCGCGGAGGUAUUGUCAAGCUUGGCGAUCUUGGCCUGUCCAGGUACUUCUCCGCAAGGACGCUGGCUGCCAGGUCUCUCGUCGGCACUCCUUACUACAUGAGUCCAGAACGUCUUCAUGAACUUCCGUACACCUUUACGAGCGAUGUAUGGUCCCUAGGAUGUCUUAUAUAUGAGAUGGCAGCACUGCAGUCACCGUUUUAUGAGCACCGACUAAAUUUAUAUUCCCUCACAAAGAAAAUAGAGAGAGGUGACUACCCUCCUUUGCCAUCGCCAAUAUUUUCAGAAAAAAUGCGACGGCUAAUUGAUGAAUGUCUUCAACCAAACCAAGAAGAUAGACCAGAUAUUUCUCAUGUGUAUAAUGUAGCACUUGAUAUGUCAGCAAGGCAAUACAAUGUUUCUGCAUCUUAUCUGUAAUGUAUAUCCAUAAAAUGGCAUGUUCAAAUAUUCUACCUUUUUUGUCUUAAAGAUUUAGAAAAAAAAUUAAUAACUAACAAAAAAUAUCAGCUGUUCACAAAUUUAUACAAUGUACAUUUCAAUGUUCAUAGUGUAUUUUAUCAUAAAUAAACAUUAUUUCUCCAAUAAA